AGCAAGUGUGGUUUCUACUCGGACCCAUUUCGGAAAACUCACCUUCACUUCCUGUUUUUGCUCCAGAGCGAAGCAACGUGCAGUUGACCGGUGUGUGUAGUAACAGUGUUAUGUGUGGCCAGAAUCUUGUGCACCUUCCACAAUGCAGAUAUCUAGUGUGAAUGACGUGAAGAUUUACAAUUUAAGCCAUGGGAAAUCUCUUCCAGAGUGGCUGUCAGAUCGGAAGAAGAGACAGUUACAAAAGAAAGAUGUUGACAUCCAGCGCAGGAUCGAGCUCAUCCAGGACUUUGAGAUGCCCACAGUGUGCACCUCUAUCAAAGUGUCCAGGGAUGGUCAGUUCAUCAUGGCUGCAGGCACCUACAAACCCAGGAUUCGCUGCUAUGACACCUACCAGUUGUCCCUGAAGUUUGAGCGCUGUCUGGAUUCAGAUAUUGUGGCUUUUGACAUCCUGUCUGAUGACUACUCUAAGUUGGUGUUUUUACACUGCGACCGCUACGUAGAGUUCCACUCCCAGCAUGGACACUAUUACAAGACACGUAUUCCAAAGUUUGGACGGGACUUUUCUUACCACUACCCCUCCUGUGACCUCUUUUUUGUGGGAACAAGUUCCGAGGUGUUCAGACUAAAUCUGGAACAAGGGCGCUUCCUCAACUCUCUUCAGACUGAUGCCGUGGAAAACAAUGUGUGUGACAUCAACCCCGUCCAUCAUUUGUUUGCCACAGGGUCCUCUGAGGGAAGGGUUGAAUGCUGGGACCCUCGUGUCCGGAACAGAGUGGGCAUACUGGACUGUGCCCUGAGCAGCCUCACUGAAGGAACAGAAGUUCAAAGUUUGCCCUCAAUUAGUGCGCUGAAGUUCAACGGCUCCCUCACCAUGGCAGUAGGCACCAGCACAGGACAGGUGCUGCUCUAUGACCUGCGCUCCAACCAGCCACUGCUGGUUAAAGACCACUUCUACAACCUGCCAAUCAAGUCACUCAACUUCCAAGAUCAAAUGGACCUGGUCGUGUCUGCCGACUCCAAGAUCAUAAAACUCUGGAACAAAGACAGCGGCAAGGUCUUCUCCUCCAUACAGCCUCAGACCAACAUCAAUGCUGUUUGCAUCUACCCUAAUUCAGGUAUGCUCUUCACUGCCAAUGAGGAUCCCAAGAUGAACACAUUCUACAUCCCGGCGCUGGGCCCUGCACCUCGGUGGUGCUCCUUCCUUGACAACUUGACCGAGGAGCUGGAGGAGAGUCCGGAGAGCACAGUGUACGAUGACUACAAGUUUGUAACCCGGAAGGACCUGGAAAAUCUGGGUUUGUCUCACCUGGUGGGAUCAUCUCUCCUGAGAGCCUACAUGCACGGCUUUUUCAUGGACAUCAGGCUUUAUCACAAGGUCAAAAGCCUGGCAAAUCCUUUCGCGUACGAGGAGUAUCGCAAAGAUAAGAUCCGCCAGAAGAUUGAGGAGUCCAGGACCCAGAGAGUGCAGGUCAAGAAGCUGCCCAAGGUGAACAAGGAGCUGGCUCUCAAGCUGAUGGAGGAGGGUGAUGACGAAGCAGAGCUGGCUUCUAGGAAAAAGAAGGGCAAGGCUCUCCCCAGCGUCCUGGGAGACGACCGCUUCAAGGUGAUGUUCGAGAACCCAGACUACCAGGUGGACGAGCAGUGCGAAGAGUUCCGCCUCCUCAACCCCAUCGUCUCCAAGGUCGGACAGAAGCGGAAGAAGAAGCUGCGUCUGCUGGCUCAGCAGACCGCCGCUUCCCAACAGGCGGAUGAAGACGACGAGGAGCCCGAGGGGCGAGCCAGCUCCGAGGAGGAGAGCUCGGACGACGACAAGAGCUGGGUGGAGGAGGUGAGGGAGCAGCGGAGGUUGCUCUGGGAGGAAGGCCGAGACCGCCGGAGGCAGGAGAGGAAGCAAGCCGACCGCAACACCGUCCUGCUGGAGGGGGAACGGAACGGAGAAGAAACUUCAAACAUGGCCGAGAGCAAGAAGACAAGUCAGCCUCAGUACUAUCAGAUCAAAGCUGGGGAGGAGUUCAGGAGUUUUAACGACAUGGCCCGCAAGCAGAGGCUACAGAAGGCUUCUUUGGAGGACCGUCUGAAGUUGGAGGAGCACUCCGGAACAAGCCACAUGGUUGACACUGCAGUGGGCAGCAAGCAAGUCAGCUUCACUCUCAAAAAGUCAGAGCAGCAGAGGAAGCAGCAGCAGGCCGAGCGGGAACACCACGAGGAGAGGAAGAAGCUGAGGCGCUCAGCCGGACACCUGAGCAGCGGCCGCGGGAGAGGCUGGGGCCGCGGCAGGGGGAGAGGAGGACGAGGGGGAGGGAGGGGGAGAGGCCGGUACUGAGAAGGGCAGCCUAGUCCACAUCCAGGGCCUCUGUCCUGGAUGGACAACAGAGGCAUUACCGGCACUGUUUUUUUUAGCGGCUUUCAUUAACUCAACUUCAAGUGUCUUCGAAUACAGAUUUUAAGCUGUGGAGACAUACUGGAGACUGAGGAUUCUGCACAUGUGGCAAAGACUGACAUAGAUGAACAGACAAGCCUUAACCCCACCCCCACCCCCAC